AUGCAGGGCGCUGAGGUGAAUGCCGACUGCGGCGCGGGUAUGUCCGCCCUUCACAUCUCCGCGCUUCGAGGCGAGAUGUUCCUCACAGAGCUCCUCCUCGCCCAUGGCGCCCACAUCGACCAGCGCGACAUGAGCGGCAACACGCCUUUGAUCUAUGCGUGCCACUUCUACCGACAGCAUGGUAAGGGCGUCCAGCUCUGUGCCCAGCUGCUCUUUCGCAAGGCCGAUCCUCACUACAGGGUUAAGGAUGGAAAGUACGCGGGCAAGAGCGCCUUGGACUUGAUGGAGAAGGCCUGCCUCGAGCCCAACACUGAUGAGAAUGUUCCCAUCCAGAUGAAGGCGAUGAUAAGCCUGGCCAUGCAGGGCUCCGAGGCGUCUAUGGAGGCUAUCACCAAGAUGUGGGUGUCGAUCAAGUCGCAGCCAGCCAACAAAAAACUAUUUCAGGUCUCGUCCAAGAAGGACAAUUUUGGCUAUGCCUUGAGAAGCAUCGAUUGGGAGCUGCCCGAUGACAUGAAGGAUUCGGGAUAUGCUCCCAUCCGACUGGAUGUAGAGUCAGCCUCGAUCUUGGAAGAGAGGUUCACACUUCUAGAGGAGUAUCUCUUCAAUGACGAAGGCGACAAGGUCAAGGUUUACAUCACCUUUCCGGACUCGGCCUCUGCAAGUUUGGGGAAGAAAGAGAACUUGGAGGUGUGCUUUGAGUACCAGUCCUUUGACCUGAAGCUCCGGACAGAGGACGCAAGCUUCAGACUGAAGAUCGAGCCGCUGUAUGGGAGCAUCGAAGUGGAUCAGUGCAGACAUCGGGCCUCAGUGGACUCCAAGAAGGUGACCUUGACCUUAGCGAAGCGGCACAAGAACCGCCGCUGGUCCAGCCUUCAAAAGGCCGCGAAGGAGGGGCCGAUGGAGACGGUGAUUUUGGAGAAGACCAUCAUCAAGCUGGGUUCUUUGUUGGCGCUUGGCUUUGGAGAGGCGGGCGCCAACAUCAUCUCGCACAACAUGAAAGGCUCCGACUCGGCGGGGGUCAAUGCGAUCCUGCCGGGCUUGCGCGUGGAUUGCGUCAUCGGGCUUUGUCGGGUCCAAGACUUCAGCACGGCCACGGAGGUGCUGCAGGGGCGCAUCAUGACCUUUGUGAAUCAGAUUGCUGAGAUCAUCCAUGGAGUCGUCGAUGAGUUCCAUGGGUCGCCCAACAAGAACAGCGGCGAUCAGUUCCUGGUGAUUUGGCGCAUGGACACCGAGACCGUGCGGGAGGAGGAGGAGAAGAAGGAGAAGAGCCGCCGCAUUGCAGAGAUGUCCAUCUUAGCCUUCUGCAAGAUCUUAGGUGCGCUGCAUCGUUCAGCUCUCUUAGCAGACUACCGAACGCAUCCCGGGCUUCAAUACCGGCUUCAAGCAAGAAAUGGUGCCGAAGCCUCGGAGGUUCGAGUGAACCUGAGCUUCGGCCUCCAUGCGGGCUGGGCGAUCGAAGGCGCUGUGGGUAGCGAAUUCAAGAUCGAUGCCUCCUACGUCUCACCAAAUGUGAACAUCGCGUCCAGUGUCGAACGGUGUACACAGGUCUAUGGCGUACCGGUGGUGAUCGCACAGUCCUGCAUGGAGCUUUGUAGCUUGGAGUUCAUGAACAAGGGCCGUCUCAUCGACCGGGUGCUGCUCUCGGGCUCCUCCGUGCCCAUGCGGCUAUACUGCGUGGAUCUCGACUUUUUGAGCCUCGAGGUGGACAAAAGCAAAGGCCCACUGUGGGCCUUGAGCACGAAGAAUCGCUACCGGGCGCGGCAGUUCAUUGCGAGCCAGAAGCAGGAGAAGUGGAGCGAGGACUUCCGAAUGGUCACCGCCUUUGAGAGCGACCCAGCCAUCACGGUGAUGCGGCAAAGGUACACCAUUCCUUUCUUCCAGCUGUUCAACAUGGGGUAUCAAAACUACUCCCAGGGUGAAUGGCUGGUCGCACGGCGGAUGUUGGCCGAAACGAAGAAUUUGCUGGGUGUGGAAGAUGGGCCUAGUGCCGCCUUGCUCCGCUUUAUGGAGGAUCCCUACCAAUUUGAGGCCCCCAAAGAUUGGAACGAGGUCCGGGACCUGACCCGAAUGGAAGAAGCGUCAUCGAUGCUCUCCUGA